AUGGCCUCAAUUCCAGACGUCGUCCCUGGGACCGUCCACCUCGUCGACCUGACAUCCGAAGCCCACCACGACCGCCACCAUGACCCCUCCAACACGCAAAUUCUCCUCGUCCCGCAACCCAGCAAAGACCCCCAAGACCCCCUCAACUGGCCACGGCGUCGGAAAUUCUGGUCGUUGGCCAUGGUCAUCCUGUACACCCUCGGCGUCGGCAUCCCCACGACACUGCACUACAGCGUCAUCGCGGAUAUCACGCGCGACACGGGGAUCAGCACUACGGUUCUGGUGCAGGGGAAUGGAGUCAUGUUCCUCUUCCUCGGCUGGGCGUGUCUUUUGUGGCAACCGAUCGCUUCGGCGUACGGGCGGCGAGGGGUUUACUUGCUCUCGACGCUGUUUACCAUUCCCAUCAUGGUCUGGACGGCACAUUGCUCCUCCGCCGGGGAGUGGUAUGGCACUCGAGUGCUCAUCGGCAUCAUUGGCGCACCUAUCGAAGCUCUUCCGGAAAUCAGCAUCGCGGAUCUGUUCUUUGCGCACGAGCGCGGGACGUGGAUGAGCGUGUACGUGCUCGUGCUCUUCGAGUCGAAUUUCAUCGCUCCUCUGAUUGCGGGCUGGUUUGACGACGCCUAUGGCUGGCGCUGGACGAUGUACUUCGGCGCCAUCAUCUCGGCCUGUGCUUUUGUGGGACUUUUCUUCGGAAUGGAGGAGACGAUGUUCUUCCGCGACACGAUUGAAGGGGUGGAGACUAAGACGCCCGUGAAUGGGAGUCCUCCGCCGGAGGUCGUCGAUGAUGAGAAGGCUGGCGACAAGGAGAUCGCCGCUGGAUCGACUGAUGUGCCCGAUGGAAGUGAGACCGCCGCGCUGCAAUUUCCGGGAAAGAAGUCGUAUGCGGCGAGGCUGAAGCUGUUCAGUCGUCUUCCGGGCAGUCCGUCGUGGAAGCAGGUCCUGAAUAUGAUGUGGCGGCCUCUUCCUAUUAUCGUGCAGUUUCCGAAUAUUGCUUGGGCUGGGUUCAUCUACGGCAUUAAUCUUUCGUGGUAUAACGUCCUCAACGGAACAGCCUCGCCGGUACUCAGUGCUCCUCCGUACAACUGGUCAGCGGCAUUGGUUGGGUGCAUCUACGUCGGCCCUAUUAUUGGGGCGAUCUUUGGCUGUCUCUGGUCAGGCUACGUGGCCGACCGCCUCGCCCUCUACCUCGCCAAACGUAACAAUGGCACCCGUGAACCGGAACAUCGCCUCUGGCCUCUCAUCGUCGCCGGGAUUUUCUCGACUGCAGGCCUCAUUACCUGGGGAGUAGGAGCAUACCACGAUGUCCACUGGGUCGGUCUCGCCUUCGGUCUAGGAAUGCUUACGUUCGGCCUGGUAGUUGGUGGAGGAAUUGGACUCUCCUAUGCAGUCGACUGCUUUAAGGAGAUAAGUGGCGAGUCCAUGGCUUCUGUCAUUAUCAUUCGCAAUACCAUCGGCUUUGGCUUUAGUUAUGCCAUUACCCCGUGGUAUACGAAUAUGGGCUUGCAGAAUUGCUUCAUCACGGCCGGAUUCGUGUCUUUGGCGUGUAUGUCGACUUUCUUGCUCAUGGUGUGGAAGGGCAAGGCUCUUAGGAGGAUGUCGGCGAAGACAUAUUGGCGGUAUGUCGAGUCCAGUAGCGGCGUUGGUGGCCAUUAA